UUUUUUUUUUCUUUUUUUUUUUUUUUUCUUUUUUUGAUCUUCAUAAGUGCUUUGAGUUUUGUGGGUCUGGAGACACAGUUCAAUGGUUAAGAACUCUUGUCGUUUUUCAUGGCUGGUUUGGCUCUCCUGAAUCUAGCUCUGAAGACCUGACUGGCCCUGAACCUGCCCUCUGCCUCCAGAAGAGCAUUUUUCUUAUAGAUAAAGGUCCUAGGUUUGGUUCCCAACAACCACCUACAUGGCAGCUCAAAACUGUCUGCAGCUGCACUUACAUGGGUUCUGAUGAUUUCUUCUGACCUCCAAAUGCAUUAAGCUCACAUGGUACACUUACACACAACAUAGGCAAACACCCCCCAUCCCCACCCCCACCCCCGUUUAGCAGAGAAUGACUUUUUGGUAUUUAUGGCAUAUUAUUGUAAAUCUGGAACCAAGGCUGUAUGGUGUGUUCAUCUCCCUAGUCCUGUGUUCUGCAGAAAGGUGAGUGCUGAUUUACACCAAUUCAAGUGGCACUUGGUCCAGGAGUGGUUGGUGACUUGAGUCUGGGGUGUUACCAAGUCAAUAACCUCUAAAGAGUGAUUUUCAUCACGAAUGGGUUUAGAAGAUGUGACCUGGAAGUAAAAGAAAUCACAAUGGGGACCCAUAGAAGAGAUAAUAGGCAGUGUGCAGUAAACACCAGAAAUAGUUAUAAUCUGUGUUGAAACUCUUGCAAUUAAAUUGUUGCUUUCUGAUUUUACUUCUAAAUACAUUACUAAACUCCGUUCCUGAUUUCCAUUUUUACUCUAGAAGCACAGUCUAACAUUAAGUAGUGUACAUGCUUGAUUUGAAAAUAGGCAAGAAUGCAGUCAGGUGUAGAGGUCAGAGAAGAGCUUUCUCUAUUUUCUCUGCAUCACAAGUGUCUUCAUCCUCUGAGCUAUCUUGCCAACUGGUUUUCUUAAAAAUGUCUUAUUAGUUUAGAAUGAUGCUAGCUGUGUGUGAGAGAAUCAGGUUACAUGAAGGCGAUGAUGCUGUUCAGUACCAACCCUUUCUUCAACUGUGUUUCAGUGUAAAUUUCCUGUUUCAUUACUCCUUAAGUUCAAAGUUUAUGCUUUUCUUUCUUUUAUAUCCCCCCCCCCUCCCCCAGCUUCCCUCUCAAUGUAUUUGUGAGUGAAUUUUGCUUGUGUUGUAUGGUGGCAUUUAAAGUAUUUUCAGAAGAUUGACCAUUACCACCCUUAACUUUCUAUGGUUUCUUCUUUACUCUUUAAAAUCAGUUGAGUGCUUUUCAGAUAUUUUUAAUAUAGUAAUAUAUCAAUCUUACCCCUCCUCCAUCAAAAUGUGUUUAUUGGAUGUGUCCCAGCUCAGUCUUGAUCAGGCAGGAUGCCUUCAGUGGUGCUUUGUCUUGAAGGAACAGCCUUCCGUCAUUCGUGUUUUUCUGCCUAUGGCCUGACAGAGGAUGGUGGAGCAGCCAACAUAUAGACUACUGUUUGUGAUGGCUUAAUUUAAGACUGUGGUGAUUUUAUAGUAUCCUUGCUUUUUCAUAUUCAAGACGGACUACUUGGGGUUCUACGCCAUAUACCUACCCAUCGUGUAUUUCUUCUAUUCUGGAGGAUGAGAAUCAUCUUUUGGGAGGGUCAUCUUCUCUAUAGGGAGGCUGUCACCACGGAAAAAGGCUCCUGGUGGCCCUCCCUACCCACGUCGAUAUAUAGCUUUAGUUGUUUUGGAACUCCGCUACAUAGGUAGGCUUGUAUUUGCCUGCCUGUGUCUCCUGAAUGCUGGGAUCAAAGUUGUGUCACCAUUCCCCACCUGUUCUGUCGUUUCAGUCACAGUUAGGGUCUACCUUUUCCAUGUUGUUCACAGCUGGCAAUGGCUUUGGGUCUUUGGGAUCUUGGAAGCGAAUUCAUAAAAUAUAAGAUCACAGACACCUUUAUAUCUAUCUGCCCCGUUCUGCCUAGUAGGCAGAGUGUUCCUAUGGUUUGUUCCAGGACUACUCAGCCAGCAAGGACAAUAGGACCAGAACACACCAUUUUGUCUUCCACUGUCUACUCUUUCAUAGAGAAAUAACCUCUACCAGACUAAAUUUUCUUUUUUUAAAAUUAUUUUUAAUAUGUUAAUACUGCAUAGAUAUAUCUUUAAUUCUCAAAUUAUCCCAUUUUCAAAGAGCACUGGCGUGUUUGAAUUUGACCUUAUGCUGUAUUUGAGACUACAUUAUUGUGAGGCCUGCUUCAGUGUACUUCCUCCUAUGAUCCAGUUGGAAAGGGAAGCCAAGGGUUAGGGCUAAGGUUUGAGAUUGAGUAUCUUUUCCUCCCCCCCCCCCCACACCCCUGCGUGACUGUGAAUGCUUUAAUUGAUUAGUGGUAUUUUAGUAGCAUGAACAACCAAGUCUGUUGUUGAAAUGUGUCCCUCAACAUGGAUCCCUCUUCCGAGUUAGUACAGCUAUUGAUAUUAUUUUGUAAUUGCAUCUCAUGACCCUUAUGCCACAUUGGGUAUCAGGACAACUUCAUGUAUUACCCAGUAUGUGCGGGGGGGGGGGGGAUUUUAGGAAUUAUCAGGGUCAAUUGGAAGGCUUUCAGACUUCCAAUAUACAUAAUUCUGUUUGGUAUAGAGCCAGUGUACUAAAUUUUAGUUAAAUAAAAAUCUAGAGAAGUAAUACUUAAUAUGUAAUUGUUAGCAUGCCUGAUUUUAAUAAUGACAGUGGUUUUAGUAUAUUUAGUUAUUAUAUUAAUUAUAUAUUAAGUAAAAUAUUAGCACAGUGUGUCCUUUUUUCCCCCUACCUUUCUUUGUCUUGUUUUAAUAAGUCACACCUAGGUUAUAGGAUCAUAUAUUGGUCAUAUUGCCAAAAGGGACCAUUAAGGUAUAGGCAUCCCUUGACAGACUGUUGUGGGAUUCCUCCAGAUGCCAAAGCACAUGGAAGGCUCAUAUUAUUUGUAAAACUGUAGAGCGAGAAAUGGUGUCUUGUGUCUGUAGUGUCCACUACUUAGGAUGCAAGAGAGGAGAAUUGUCAAUUUGGUUCCAGUCUGGGUAACAUGGUGAGUUCCUACCUGAAAACCGGCCUGUGCAGGUCCUUCUCUACUUAGAUCUGCUCUCAGUUAUUUGUAUCACUAGCAUAAAGUAAACUCUCUGUGGAUAUCUGUGUCACUUUAUUGUUUAGGAAAUAAAUACUCUUAGAGAUGUAGCUUAUUUUAAAUUUAUUAUUUUAAAUUUUGUGUAUGUGUAGUGCCAAAGGAGGUCAGAAGAGGAUGGUGGAUCCCAAUUGUGAGUUGACAUUUAGAUACCAAUAAUGAGCCCAGGUGUCAACUUUUGCCGCCUCCUCCUCCUCCUCUUCCUCUUCCUCCUCCUCCUCCUCCUUUUCCUCUUCCUCUUCUUCUUCCUCUUAUAAUAAUGAUAAUAUUAUUAAUUCGUGGAGUCUGUCAUCUGUUAGUUAAGUCACCUGGCAGCCUAUAUGGUCUUCUGCCUUUCCUAUGGAUGUUUUUGGGUUGCGGGGAUUAAUCGCGUAGAAUGUUCACAUACCAGGGUUUUUGCAGCUUGCGUGUACCAGGAGCUAGAAACAGAAGAGGUGUACCACCAUAAGACCGUGGGCCGAGAAAGACUUCUCUCUGUGCUAUAACCCCAAGGCCUGCCUCUUGUCUCUUGGUAGUUGGCUUUCAAUAUGGGCUAGAUUUGUUGUUGUUGUUCUCGUUUGUUUGUUUGUUUGUUUAAGCUCAGUUUUUAAGUUAUGGGUCCUAGGUAGCCCAGACUUGUCUUGUGGUGGCCCCCCUGUCUGUAUUCCCAACUGCUAGAAUAACAAUUGUAAGCCACAGAAUAUAGCUUAGCUUACUUCUCAGGGUGGUUAUUUGAAUGAAAUAUAAGGUCUUAGCAUUCUGAAGGAACAGGUUUGUUAAUGCAGUUUGCCUCUUGGAAAGCUGAGUCAGAUAAACAGUGUCCUUCCUCUCAUAGACAAGACAUAUAAGUUGGAAUUAGCUCUGGUAAUUUAUCUCUUCAGAAGCUAAAUGCAUAUCAAGAGUUUUUUGGAGUUUGCCCAACUUAGUGAUAAUGGUGGGAGUUGAUUAUGGAAGAGGCAAACUAGACCCUCACGUACCCUGAGGUUGGUUGAUUAUUAGGUAGGCCAAGCAUGUAUUUGGCUGACUGCAUAGAAAGGCUUUGGUGUGAGGGCCUUUCUGAUAGUCCAGUCUCUCCCUAAGUAAGAUUUUUAAGUACAGUCCUUGUGUUUUCUGAUUUCCGAGUAACACAAUGUCUUCAUGGAGACAUUUAGAGAUUUACGGAUAACGUCUGACACCUGCUUGUGCAAGUGCUUUAUCUGAGUGCUGCUGCUAUGCUUUCAGCUUAUCAGUUUGAACAUUUUAGAGUGAGGAUGUCUACUAAUUAUGUUCCUAGACAUACAUACAUACAUCAAAGAAAAAUACUGUAGUGCUUCCUUCUUGGAGAGCACAAAGUAGUUGGAGUAUAUCGAAACAGUGGAAAUUAGUGUCUCUGAACAAAGAAAUCAGGAUAACAGAGGGAUAGCUGAAAGUUAUCUACUGUCCAGGAUCAGAAUUCAUUUUAUAAAGGAGAGAGGAAGAGAAGCUAGCUGUACUUGGUUUGACUUACCUCUAAUACUAGAAUGUCAAAGUCAAGGCAAUGGUGGCAUUAUGAAAUUGGAUAUCUUUUUAUAUUAUUAAGUUGAAAAGGCUGUGUUUCAACUCAUCAGCUGACCCCCCCCCCCCAAUAUAAAAAACAAAAAGAAGGGAUGCUGUUUGUUCCAUCUCCUACUUACAGUGAUCCCUCCAAUAGGGUACUGGGUCAAUACCUUAGCCAAUCAGCUGCUGCAAACAUAGUGUUGUCAAUAAAUAAAUUGUUUUCAGCUUUUUGUGCCACAGAGCCACAUAGUCAUUAACUUGAACCAGAAGUCAAAUGUAAACACCUAUUUUAGUUUCUUUCAAGAGGAUACCAGCAGCAAUGACUGGAGAAGAGCUUCUUAGAGCUGGGGCAUUGUAAAGGGAAGCUAGAAUCUGUAUAUGAUUCUCACACUUCAUUUCUCUCCAACCGUAUAUGUGUAACAGGUUCCCUCUUUCUCAUCUCAUUUCCCCAGAAGUGGUGUUCACCAAAAUUUCUGGCUUUCUUCUUUACAGUUUCCUGCUGUGGGUGCUUUCAUUAGAGCCAACUGAAACUGAGUCUGCAAUAAUGGAGUGGUGGAGAGAUUCUUCUUGUAUGGCCUCCUUCCUGUCUAAGGAAGGAACCCAGACUAGCCUGAGCCACCGCUUUAUCAUUUAUACAAUGCAGUGGCACCAGUCUGUAUGUGGGUAUCACAGGCUUCAGAGAAGAUGUCACUUCCCUCUUCAGAAAAUGCUGUGCUUUUAGUAUGUUUUCCACGGUGACCUAAGAAGUGGCCAUGGUAACUGUCAGGUAUCACACCUCAGGAAAAGCUAGCAUCUGCCUUUACCAUUUGCAAGGUUUAACUUAAUUAGUGCCUGUAUUUUAAAAGCCCCAAAAGGUAAAAUAACACAGUCAACUCAUUAGGAUGGGGUGUCCCAUUGCCUUGAGUAUGAACUUUGUUUCAGUGCCCUGCUCGGUUUUCAGCCACCAUCUUUGCUUGUCUUGGAAAGACAUAAAGAGAAGCAUGUGGGUAGUGCAAAGCAUGUGUUUUGCACAUCAUUGUCAGAUGAAGUUCAAAAGCUUCAAAGAAAAUGACUUUGAAAAUUAAAAAACAAAAAAGAGACCUGUGCCCCAGUUGGGGAGGCCAGUUGGAGGCCUGCCUUUUUCACCCCUCUCAGCAGCUGCUAGGCUACAGAGCCUGUUUUGUGAAAGAUCCUCCAGAAACAAUGAGGGAAAACAGCUUCAGCUUGAUUAGAUUAGAUCAAUUUAUGUGCCGUGGGGAGGGGCCUAGGCAGGGCUGGGGGAGGGGUGUGCUGUGCUGGCAGUGGCCCAUGCCUGCCCAUCCGGUCACUUCCCAAGUAAUGAAGCUCCCGUGGUGGCUGGAAUUGCAGGAGGGGGGAGGGAGGAAUUGGAGGAGGAGCAUGUGAAGAGAGAUUUCUGCAGUCUGUCUGGAGAGCUGCCCAGGUUUCCCAGCCAAAAAAACAAAUAAAAAUAAAUAAAAGCCAAGUGCUGAAUGACACAGAUUAUGAUAUUAAAAAGGGAUACCGUUGAAACAUUGCCCUGUUCCCUGCUGUUGUUGGAGAUGGGUGUGUGCAGCAGGGAGGGGCAGUUAGUGCACUGUAUAACAGGCCAUUCCUUGGACAUAAAAGUCCGUACAAUUAAAUUGUGAGUGUCCCUUGCCAAUAGGGUCCCCUCCCCCCUCGUGGCAGAAAUUCUGUAAUUUUGAUUUGUCUGCAUUGCAGGUUGUGGAAAUAGCAGGAUGGAAAGCUAGUUCCCUUCGCCUUUUCUCAUUUUAAUUCAUCAAAAUGGCAAAAACCAGGGAGGGGGAAAGUCAGCCAGAUGCCCCCUCCUUUCAGUGUUCAAUUCUCUUGCAGGCACAUAAAUAAUCUUCUCUCCGACUGUCUCCCCUCCCCCUCAGCCCCCGCUGGUGUUCGGCUGUCCUAUUGCCUCGCGGAGUCUGCACUGCCGCUUGCUUAUUACGUACUGGGGAGGAUUGUUGACAAGUGCUCCGGAGCCUGCCUCACUGCGUUCUCCCUCCCUCCCUCCCCUCCUCUGUCCUUCUUCCUCUGUCUCUGCAAUGAUCCGGCUCUGAGGAUGGCUGCUCCACGGGUCUGUCAGGUGCAGUUUUUGGUGGCUUAUCUUGAGGAACCUGGGAUAGAAGGGCUCCUUGGUAAUGACCAGUCUAAGGCAUUAGGACCAGCUUCAGAGCAGUCAGAGAAUGAGAAGGAUGAUGCCUCCCAAGUGUCCUCUACUAGCAACGAUGUUAGUUCUUCAGAUUUUGAAGAAGGGCCGUCGAGGAAAAGGCCCAGGCUGCAAGCACAAAGGAAGUUUGCUCAGUCUCAGCCGAACAGUCCCAGCACAACUCCAGUGAAGACAGUGGAGCCUUUGCUGCCCCCGCCAGCUACUCACAUUUCUGACCUCUCUAAAAGGAAGCCUAAGACAGAGGACUUUCUUACCUUUCUCUGCCUUCGAGGUUCUCCUGCGCUGCCCAACAGUAUGGUAUAUUUUGGAAGCUCUCAGGAUGAGGAGGAUGUCGAGGAGGAAGAUGAUGAGACAGAAGAUGUCAAAACAGCCACCAACAAUGCUUCAUCUUCGUGCCAGUCAACCCCCAGGAAAGGAAAAUCCCAUAAGCAUGUACACAACGGGCAUGUUUUCAAUGGCUCCAACAGGUCAGCACGGGAGAAGGAACCUGCUCAGAAACACAGAGGCAGAGAGGCCACGCCCGGGAAGGAGAAGCACAGUGAGCACAGGGCUGAUGGCCGGAGGGAGCAGGCUUCAGUGGCUCAGCCCACAGCCAACCCGCCUGCGGGCUCCUCGACCAAGGGGCUCGCCGCCAGCCACCAGCCUCCCCCUUCACAUCGCUCGGCUCAGGAUUCACGGAAACAGGUGUCUAAGGUAAAUGGAGUCACUCGAAUGUCAUCUCUGGGUGCAGGUACAAACAGUGCCAAAAAGAUCCGAGAAGUCAGACCGUCACCAUCCAAAACUGUGAAGUACACUGCCACAGUGACCAAGGGGACUGUCACAUACACCAAAGCCAAGAGAGAACUGGUCAAGGAAACCAAACCCAGCCACCACAAACCCAGUUCAGCCGUCAACCACACAAUCUCAGGGAAAAGUGAAAGUAGCAAUGCAAAAACCCGCAAACAGGUGCUAUCCCUCGGGGGGGCGUCCACGUCCACCGCGCCGGCUGCCAGCGGCCUCAAGGCCAGCAGCAGGUUGAACCCAAAGUCAUGCACUAAGGAGGUGGGGGGGCGGCAGCUGAGGGAGGGGCUGCGGAAUUCCAAAAGGAGACUGGAAGAGGCACAGCAGGUGGAUAAGCAGCAGUCACCCCCCAAGAAGAUGAAGGGGACAGCAGGCAUUGCUGAAGCCCCUGGCAGAAAGGCCUCGGCGGCUUCAGGAGAGAAGUCUCUGCUGAACGGACACGUGAAGAAGGAAGUGCCCGAGCGGAGUUUGGAAAGGAAUCGGCCAAAACGGGCCGCAGCUGGCAAGAAUAUGCUGGGCAAACAAGCACAUGGCAAGUCAGAGGGCACCCCCUGUGAAAAUCGUUCUACCUCGCAACCCGAGUCCUCGCACAAGCCGCACGACCCGCAGGGCAAGCCAGAGAAGGGGAGCGGCAAGUCUGGGUGGGCAGCGAUGGACGAGAUCCCUGUCCUCAGGCCCUCCGCCAAGGAGUUCCACGACCCGCUCAUCUACAUCGAGUCAGUCCGUGCUCAGGUGGAGAAGUACGGGAUGUGUCGCGUGAUCCCCCCUCCAGACUGGCGGCCAGAGUGCAAGCUCAACGACGAGAUGCGCUUUGUCACGCAGAUCCAGCACAUCCACAAGCUGGGCCGGCGCUGGGGCCCCAAUGUACAGCGGCUUGCCUGUAUAAAGAAGCACCUCAGAUCUCAGGGCAUCACCAUGGAUGAACUCCCCCUCAUAGGAGGCUGUGAGCUCGACCUGGCCUGCUUUUUCCGGCUGAUUAAUGAGAUGGGCGGCAUGCAGCAAGUGACUGACCUCAAAAAAUGGAACAAACUAGCAGACAUGCUGCGCAUCCCCAAAACUGCCCAGGACCGGCUGGCCAAGCUGCAGGAGGCCUACUGCCAGUACCUGCUUUCCUAUGACUCCUUGUCCCCCGAGGAGCACCGACGACUGGAGAAGGAGGUGCUGAUGGAGAAGGAGAUCCUAGAAAAGCGCAAAGGGCCAUUAGAGGGGCACACAGAGAACGACCACCACAAGUUCCACUCCCUGCCCCGCUUUGAGCCCAAGAAUGGGCUCAUCCAUGGUGUUACACCCAGGAAUGGCUUCCGUAGCAAGCUCAAGGAGGUGGGCCGGGCACCACUCAAGACAGGCCGGCGGCGACUGUUCGCUCAGGAAAAAGAAGUGGUCAAAGAGGAAGAAGAAGACAAAGGUGUCCUCGAUGACUUCUACAAGUGCAUCUACAAGGGAAGAUCUGUUUCUCUAACAACUUUUUAUCGAACAGCAAGAAACAUCAUGAACAUGUGCUUCAGCAAGGAGCCCGCACCAGCAGAGAUCGAGCAAGAGUACUGGAGGUUAGUGGAAGAGAAGGACUGUCAUGUGGCCGUUCACUGUGGAAAGGUGGACACUAAUACCCAUGGCAGCGGGUUCCCGGUGGGGAAAUCAGAACCCUUUUCAAGGCAUGGAUGGAACCUCACUGUUCUCCCCAAUAACACAGGGUCCAUCCUGCGUCACCUUGGUGCUGUGCCUGGAGUGACUAUUCCCUGGCUAAAUAUUGGCAUGGUCUUUUCUACCUCAUGCUGGUCUCGAGACCAAAAUCACCUUCCAUAUAUCGACUACUUACACACUGGUGCUGACUGCAUUUGGUAUUGCAUUCCUGCUGAGGAGGAGAACAAGCUGGAAGAUGUGGUCCACACCCUGUUGCAGGGCAAUGGUACCCCAGGGCUGCAGAUGCUGGAGAGCAAUGUAAUGAUCUCCCCAGAGGUGCUGUGCAAGGAGGGGAUCAAGGUCCACAGGACUGUACAGCAGAGCGGGCAGUUCGUUGUCUGCUUUCCUGGAUCCUUUGUGUCUAAAGUGUGCUGUGGUUACAACGUCUCUGAGACUGUGCACUUUGCUACUACCCAGUGGACGAGCAUGGGCUUCGAGACUGCCAAGGAGAUGAAGCGCCGCCAUAUAGCUAAGCCAUUCUCCAUGGAGAAGUUGCUCUACCAGAUUGCACAAGCAGAAGCGAAAAAGGAAAAUGGCCCCACCCUCAGUACCAUCUCAGCCCUUCUGGACGAGCUCAGGGACACAGAGCUGCGGCAGCGCAGGCAGCUGUUUGAGGCCGGCCUUCAUUCUUCCGCACGCUAUGGCAGCCAUGACGGCAGCAGCGCAGUGGCGGAUGGGAAGAAAAAGCCUCGAAAGUGGCUGCAGCUGGAGACUUCAGAGAGGAGGUGCCAGAUCUGCCAGCACUUGUGCUACCUGUCGAUGGUGGUACAGGAGAAUGAGAACGUCGUGUUCUGCCUGGAGUGUGCACUGCGCCAUGUGGAAAAACAGAAGUCUUGCCGUGGGCUGAAGCUGAUGUACCGCUACGAUGAGGAGCAGAUCAUCAGUUUGGUCAACCAGAUAUGUGGCAAAGUGUCUGGCAAACACGGUGGCAUUGAGAACUGUCUCAACAAACCCACACCAAAAAGAGGUCCCCGCAAGAGAGCGACUGUGGAUGUGCCGCCAUCUCGGCUCCCGUCCUCAUGAAGAUGCUGAACCCACGGUCACUCACUUCUAUAUUUUUUGUAAUUACUAUAUUCUAGUUUGGAGUACUUGCUGUAGGAUACAAGCUGUCUUUGCACUAGCUCUAAAGAAGAAUUUCUUCUGGUUUUAGAGAACUGAUUUUGUUUUAGCAUUAAACUGUUGAAGUUUUGUACGUAGACACCUAGGUCCUGCAGUCAGGUUGGAAGCUGCGUGCACUCACUGUCUAAACCCUUGAGGGCUGGAUUGAUUUGUGUCGCCCCACGGCUGAGAAAAGCCUUUUUUGUUUGUUUUUGUUUUGUUUUGGUAACUGUUAAAGAAUAAAGGCUUUUUAACCCAUUUUUGAAGAGGGUGAAGUUUGGAGAACAAGUUUUAAAACCAUCAGUCAGAUGAGAUUUUUUCUAGUUUGGAAAAGGGAUAGAGGACUCUCACACACACACACACACACACACACACACACACACACACGAAAACUUGAAAUGGCUUUUUUUGGCUGUCUUUUCUUCUGACAUUGCGAGGGGAGUUUGUAACUUUGAGCCCCGUUUGUUUGGCUGGGCGGCUAUGGCAGCUGAAGCGAAAUGUGAGGUUUGAGUGACGAGGUUCUCACACCAGCACAUCACUAUGCAUCCGCUCGAGGAAGAGAGAGGACAAAGACUGCCUGCCUUGGAGGGUCACUGAGGGAGACCUGUGCCUGAUUUCAUUAGGAAAUCCAUUCUGUUAUUUUUUUUUUUUUUGGUGCUGUUGGCUACUUUAUCAAAAACAAAAAACCCUUCGAUAGCAUCCUUGAGGAAAGAGGAAAACAGCAGUUGACUGUAAGUGCUUCCCUGUCAUCCACGUGCAAUCUCCUGACAUCCCACCUCCAUCUCUGCUCGUGUCCCUCACACAUCAGCAUUAAUCUCUGUUUCCCACACUUGGCCACUAAGUCUGCAGUUGUUUUGAAUGUGAAGACACAUCUGUGCUCAUCCUGUCUGUUUUUUCUCUUCAUGUUUUAACAAAAAAGAAAAAAAAAACAAAAAAAAAAAUCCCAUCCCUUUUGUACAUACUCCUGUAAAUUGUUUUAAAUACUUGAGCCUUUUCUCGGUGGGGGGAGGGAAGGGGUGAGAAGAUGAAGAAAAAGCCUUACAUUUCAGUUUCUUCAUCGCUGGAUUGGAUGCUUACAGGGUUUUUCUUGUAACAUUUAUAAGUGCUGCUUACAUCACUCAACAACAACAAAACAUGGUAAUGGAGUAGCUGUUGCCCUUCUCCGGUUGUGUGUACAGUAUGUGUGGAAUAAAAAAGGGAAACUGUUUUCACAAGCUGUUCUUUGUUUCAUAAUUGGAUCAGUCCGUGGCUGCCCAUAUUGCACUGAGCUUGCCAGUGGGGACUGCCAGGGACGUCCUCGGUCGGAUCCACGUGGGUGGUGGUUGUUGCAGAAGACUGAACUGUUGGAAUAUUUAACGAUCACCUAACAGUCGAGUGUUUCCCAAUGUGGUUGUCCAGUUCCUAUGGCCUUGCUGUGUACUUUUCCUCUUUGACAGUAAACUCUCGCCUAUGGCUUACAGUUUGACAUUUAAUUUAUUAGCGCUGCUCUGCACCCUCCCGCAGGGAGGUUCUGUGUGGUUGAUUGCCCGUUCUUUGUUUACUUUUCAGGUUUGUACUACAAGGUUUAAUAAUAAAAACAAGUUUUUUGGA